UAGGAAGGACAGUUGGUAGCCUCAGUGUUUGUGUUGGUGCUGGAGACGAAGCGGCCUGGGUCAGCUGAGGCAGCAACAGGUUCAAGGAGUGAUACCCACUAGUUUUACCGCCAUUUAAAACACCAACCAAUUAAUUAAAAAAUGGGAGAUGCAUCAACAUCAGAAGUAAAGGAUGUUCGUCCACUUGUUUAUGUGACCGGCUUUGGCCCCUUCCCAUCACAUGACGUCAAUGCCAGCCAGUUGGCUGUUGAGGGUCUCAUGAAUACGGACCUAGAAAGUGAACUAGGAGUGAAAUUAGUUACUGAAAUAGUGAAAGUGGAAUAUGAUUAUGUUCAGAAGAUUGUACCCCAGCGAUGGAAAGACUUGCAGCCAAAGUUGACUGUGCAUGUAGGAGUAUCAGGCCUAGCAGAAACGUUGACCUUGGAACAAUUGGCCCACAACACUGGCUAUAAUAGGCAGGAUAAUUGUGGGUGUUUUCCCCACAAAGGUCUUUGUGUACCAGAUGGGGAUGAAGUGAUCCAAUCAGGAUACGAAUGGAUUUGAUAUCCAGUGCCAUUAACAAAAUAACAAACUCAAGCUUCCAUGUGCUAAGUCUACUGAUCCAGGCAGAUGCGUGAAAACAAAAGGUCCCACUAGCUGC